AUGGAGAUAAUACUUAUGGAAUAUGCUCAUUUCUGGCUCAGUCUCUUGAAGUCCAAUGCUACUGAAAAUCACUGUCAAUAUGCAAAGCUAGUGGGUAACAUUGAUGAUGAUCAUUACAAUAUAUUGGAAAGUGCUAUCACUGGCAGAGUGGGUAUGAAAGGUACAGGCAGCCUCACAGUAAUGCAUAAUCAAACUUGA